AUGAACGUUCGCUCUUCGGAGAGUAUUCAAGAGCACCCUGGAGCGACAACUCCAGCACUGGCUUCGCUGGCGAACGGUAAACAGAAGCCACCAGCUGAUGAAAUGAGCCCUGCUACUGGUGAAAGAAGUUCGCCGAACGUGUUUGUGAGACUUGGCAGAGCUCCAGAAGCGCUGACAAUGUUUGAACGAACAGAUCUUGCUGUGUCAUAA